AUGAGCCUAAUUGCAACGUGUACCCUCUGCCAAAGCAACCUAUCGUGUGAUCGUUCAAACACCGCCAUAUUGAUACAGCACCUUCAGAGCAUGCACUGUCCCGAGCCUACAAUUGUGGAGCUGGCCGAAAAGUCUACCCAAACAACGCCUUCGGAUUCGAAGCCAAUCGCUGAAUGGCGCCCGGCAGAGUCCCCGGUGAAAUGUCCCCAGUGCGGCGGACGAUACUUUCCGACCGUCCGCCUCGUCACCAGCCGGGUUUCAAGGAAUGCCAUCGGUGCCUACUGCUUGCUAUGCUGCUGGCCAUUAUGCUUUCUGUCGUGCAUUUUCAACAGACCCACCAAACAGCAUCUACAUUGUUCGAACUGCAACGCAUUCCUCGGAUUGUACGAAGAUUGUAAAAAGUCGCGAAGGAUAACGACCGCUCAGCUGUCGAAUUUGAGGCGAAACCAAAGAAAUUGA